UUCUUUAUUCUUCACAUAAAUCGUAAUUUCAAUUUUCACGUUUUUUUCAUUCAGAUCUGAAACUAUUUUCUGUAUUUCCUCCGGAGACGUGAUUGUCGUGACGAUCACCGAGGAAGUUCUGGAUUUCGCGUGGUCCAAAUCGGAAGAACCCUAAUCCGAGCUUGAUUUCGCCGUUGAUCGAUCGGUGGGAGGAGGAGAAAGUGUCGAAUUUUCGUUGGGUUGGGUUGAUUCGUCACUUAAUUGGAUCGAUUGAAGUUUCUCUCUUCCUCUGAUGGAGCAGCUGAAGACGAUCGGGAGAGAGCUCGCGAUGGGAUCGCAGGGUGGGUUUGGACAGUCGAAGGAGUUUCUCGAUCUGGUCAAGUCGAUCGGGGAGGCUCGAUCCAAGGCGGAGGAGGAUAGGAUCGUGCUCAACGAGAUCGAGACUCUGAAACGGCGGCUGAUCGAGCCGGACGUGCCGAAGAGGAAGAUGAAGGAGUACAUUAUACGCCUCGCCUAUGUCGAGAUGCUCGGCCAUGAUGCCUCCUUCGGCUACAUUCACGCCGUCAAGAUGACCCACGACGAUAACCUCCUCCUCAAGCGCACUGGUUAUCUCGCCGUCACGCUCUUCCUCAACGAGGAUCACGACCUCAUCAUCCUCAUCGUGAACACGAUCCAGAAAGAUCUGAAAUCCGACAACUACCUCGUCGUUUGCGCGGCGCUUAAUGCAGUGUGCAAGCUCAUCAACGAGGAGACGAUUCCGGCGGUUCUGCCUCAGGUGGUGGAACUUCUGGGUCAUCAGAAGGAAACUGUGAGGAAGAAGGCGAUCAUGGCUCUGCAUAGAUUCUAUCGAAAGUCGCCAUUUUCGGUCUCGCAUUUGAUCUCCAACUUCAGGAAGAAGCUUUGUGAUAACGAUCCAGGGGUUAUGGGUGCGACGCUUUGCCCACUUUUCGAUCUCAUAACUGCGGAUGUUAGUUCAUACAAGGAUUUGGUCAGCAGCUUCGUCAGCAUUCUCAAACAGGUUGCCGAGAAAAGGUUGCCAAAGAGUUACGAUUACCAUCAGAUGCCUGCACCAUUCAUUCAGAUUAAGUUGCUGAAGAUUCUGGCAUUGCUGGGAAGUGGUGAUAGGAAUGCUAGUGAAAUGAUGUACACUGUGAUAGGCGAUUUGUUCAGAAAGUGUGAUUCCUCUACCAAUAUUGGGAAUGCUAUCCUUUAUGAGUGUAUCUGCUGUGUUUCUUCUAUACAUCCAAAUCCCAAGUUGUUAGAAGCAGCAGCUGAUGUGAUUUCCAGGUUUUUGAAGAGCGACAGUCACAAUCUGAAGUACAUGGGCAUCGAUGGUCUCGGUAAACUGAUAAAAAUAAGCCCAGACAUUGCUGAGCAGCACCAACUUGCUGUGAUAGAUUGCUUAGAGGAUCCAGAUGACACGCUAAAGAGAAAGACCUUUGAAUUACUGUACAAGAUGACCAAGUCCUCUAAUGUGGAAGUGAUUGUUGACCGUAUGAUCGACUAUAUGAUUAGUAUCAACGACAAUCAUUACAAAACCGAGAUAGCUUCUCGUUGCGUUGAGUUGGCUGAGCAAUUCGCUCCGAGCAAUCAAUGGUUCAUCCAGACCAUGAAUAAAGUCUUCGAGCACGCUGGAGAUUUGGUGAAUAUCAAGGUGGCACAUAAUUUGAUGCGUUUGAUCGCUGAAGGAUUUGGAGAGGAUGAUGAUGAUGCAGACAGCAAGCUUAGAUUAUCAGCUGUGGAAUCGUACUUGGGGAUCAUUAGCGAGCCAAAGCUUCCAUCCCUUUUCCUUCAGGUCAUUUGUUGGGUCUUGGGAGAAUAUGGGACAGCUGACGGGAAGUAUUCAGCAUCUUAUAUUACUGGAAAGCUAUGUGAUGUGGCAGAGUCAUAUUCAAGUGAUGAAACUGUGAAGGGUUAUGCUGUUUCUGCACUUGUGAAGAUUUAUGCAUUUGAAAUGGCAUCCGGGAGAAAGGUGGAUGUUCUUCCCGAGUGUCAAUCUUUGAUUGAAGAGCUUCUGGCUUCACAUUCCACAGAUCUGCAGCAACGUGCAUACGAGCUGCAGGCUGUGCUUACACUAGAUGCCCGUGCUGUCGAGUGCGUUAUGCCAUUAGAUGCUAGUUGUGAAGACAUCGAGGUCGAUAAGGACCUUUCGUUUCUCAAUGGCUACAUCCAACAAGCUAUCGAGAGCGGAGCUCAACCCUAUAUUUCGGAUAGCGAACGCUCAGCAGUAUUCAAUAUCGGUGAUUUUCAUUCCCGAGACCACCAUGAAGUUCCAUCUCAUGCACUUCGGUUUGAAGCCUAUGAACUCCCGAAACCCGCAAUGCCAUCAGCGCCACAACCAGUUUCUUCUCUUUCAGCGUCAACUGAGCUUGUGCCAGUACCCGAACCUUCUUAUAACAGAGAGUCACACCCAUCAAUCUCAAAAUCCUCGGUGUCGGCCCAGUCAGGAUCAUCGGAAAUCAAGCUGCGACUAGAUGGAGUUCAAAGAAAAUGGGGUCAACCAACUUACUCUUCCGCCUCAUCAUCUAACCCGGACUCCUCUACUCAGACAGUAAAUGGUUCAGUUUCAGCUUCACAUUCAGACAGAGCUGAUUCAACUAGUUCUAAGCCUCGCAGCAGUUAUGAUUCAAAGAAACCUGAGAUCGAUCCCGAGAAACAGAGACUAGCCGCCUCUUUGUUCGGUGGGUCAUCGUCGAGAAGCCAAAGGUCAAGUUCCGGUGGCCAGAAAGCUACGAAAGGUAACAAAACCGCGGUCCCCAAGGAAAGUCCAGCUCCAGCUCCUGUUCAACCACCGCCUGACCUGCUCGACAUGGGUGAGCCAACGGCCACUGUUACAAGCAGUGACCCGCUGGCCGAUCCGUUUAAGGCGUUAGAAGGGCUUAUCGAGCCGGGCCAAGACGGUACUUCAACUGCAAACACUCAAACCAAAGCGCCCGAUCUCAUGGGGCUAUACUCGGAUGGACCCGUGACCGGUCAAGUGACCAGUGUCGAUACCCUCUUAUCCGAACUGUCAGACCCAGUUUCGAAAUCUAGCUCGGGAGGAAACUCAAGGGCUCAAUUCUCAAAGGGACCGAACCUGAAAGAAGCUCUGGAGAAAGACACUCUUGUCAGACAGAUGGGUGUCAAUCCGACAAGUCAGAACCCGAACCUGUUCAAAGACCUCCUCGGCUAGUAGGAUCUCUCGCCGCAGAAACCUUCUGUCUCGAUUCAGUUACCUCGUCGUCAUCGUGCCUCGGGUCAGUGACAAGGGAACACAUACCGGAUCGCACGGGUAAUGUGACAAAGCCGACAAGACACCGGUGUGGUGGCUUAAGAGUUCUGGUAAUUUAAAAUCUUCCUGGGACGUUGUUCAGAUAAGAAAACAGCUUUUUGUACUUGAAAACCGAUAGAUUUUUUUUUUUUUUUUUUUGUUCUGAGUAUUGGUUUUUGUCUAUUGAGCCUUUGACGUUGUUUCGAUCAAAUAAUGUAUCUUCUCUUGAGUAUUUCUUUCUUCGGAUUGUUCUGUUCCGUUUCAUUGUAAAAAUUUUCGGCUUUCGGUUCGGUUAUAUUUGGAUUCGUUUA